AAUAAAAUUUGUUAAUAAACAUGAUUUUGUAUUUAUUCAUUUUUAGUCGACAUGGGAAAAUGCGGUUGAAGAAAUGGUUUCAAUAUUUUACUGAUAAGGAAAAAACAACAAUUACAACAGAUUUAACAACAAUAAUAUUGAGUCGUAAACGUUCGAUGUGUAAUGUUUUAGAAUAUGGUGAACAUAAGGUGAUAUAUAAAAGAUAUGCUAGUCUUUAUUUUGUAGCAGGAAUUGACUGGGACGAAAAUGAACUUUACACCCUAGAAGUAAUUCAUCGUUAUGUUCAAAUACUUGAUGAAUUUUUUGGAAAUGUGUGUGAAUUGGAUAUAAUUUAUAAUUUUGAUAAAGCGUAUUAUGCCUUGGAUGAAUUAUUUAUGGCUGGUGAAUUACAGGAGCCAAAUAAGAAGGCAGUUAUUAGACAUAUUAAAUCAUUUGAACAAACCUGUCAAUUGGAUAUAUUAACUCGUAAUCUUGAAGAAACUAUAAAAUAGAAUUUGAUUUAUAAAUCAAAAAUUUUUAUAUAAUAAAUAAUAUUAAACGAAUUAUUUAAUUAAAUUUGACA